CGUAUUGCCGUCGAAAUGGCUGCUCAAAAACUUGGAAGGUUAGCAUCGAAAACAACCGCGUUUUUCUUAUGUGACAUGCAAGAAAAAUUUCGGCCGUCCAUACGAUAUUUUCCAGAGAUAAUAACAGUUGCUAAACGCAUGGUUGACAGUGCUAAAAUAAUGGGUAUUCCAGUUAUAGCAACGGAACAGUAUCCCAAAGGACUUGGUAGUACAGUAGCUGAGAUUGACAUGAGUGGUAUCACAGCAUAUCCAAAAACAGUCUUUUCAAUGGUGAUACCCGAGGUUGAACAGAAAUUGAAGGAAAUGGAACAUGUUAAAUCAAUUGUCUUGUUUGGAAUUGAGGCGCAUGUUUGUGUUCAACAAACAGCUCUGGAUCUUCUUGAACGAAAUUAUGAUGUUCAUAUUGUUGCUGAUGCUGUUUCUGCUCGUAGCAUGACAGACAGGAUGUUUUCUUUUGAGCGUCUUCGGCAAUGUGGAGCAUUCGUAACCACAAGUGAGUCUGUUUUAUUUACUUUACUUGGAAGUUCAAAACAUGAGAAGUUUAGGGAAGUACAAGCACUGGUCAAAACAUCAUCUCCAGAUUCUGGGUUGCUAUCAAAAGUUUGAACCAUAUUUGAACUUAUAAAUUA